AUGGAGACCACCGAUCCCGCAACCGGCGCGCCUCUCCCCGCCGACGCGAUCCAGCGCAUCCUCUUCCUCGCCUCCGGCGCCCACGUCUACAACAUCCCGCCCCUGACCUCCAACAAGGGCUACACCGCCGCCGGCUGGACCGACCGCCAGAUCUUCACCGCACGCCUGCGCGUCCUCGAGACCGCCUGGGAGACCAAUGCCGCCCCGCAACCCGUCCCCGUCGGCGCCACCGGCAGCGCCGUCAUCCCCGUCGCCCCCGGCGCCCCGGCCGGCAUCGCGACCAAGGAGAACCACAUCAAGGUCGACAUCGUCCUCGAGGACCCCUCCAACGGCCAGCUCUUCGCCGCCGCGCCCUACACCUCCCUCACCGUCGUCGAGCCCGUCCUCGACUCGUCGCGCUUCUUCGCCGUCCGCGUCAUGGACGGCCAGGGCCGCAAGGCCGUCCUCGGCGUCGGCUUCGAGGAGCGGAGCGAGGCCUUCGACUUCGGCGUCGCCUUGCAGGAGGCCCAGAAGAGUCUUGGCCUGCUGGACGCGAGCCAGGCGAAGAAGGCCGCCGAGAACAGCAAGCGUGCCGAGGAGGAGAAGACCAAGGACUACAGUCUGAAGGAGGGCGAGACCAUCACCAUCAACUUUGGAGGCUCCAGGAUUGGACGCCGGUCGAGGCCCUCGGACGCCUCGCAGACGACGCCGCCCACGGGAGCAGACCUACAAGCGUUCUCCCUACCGCCGCCGCCGCCGCCCGGUGGUGCGGCAUCCAAGAGCGGCGGGAACGGUAGUUUCUUGCCGCCGCCGCCGAGCGCGCCGAGCGUGCGCGACCAGAAGAGGGAGAAGAGGAAAUCCGCGCAGGACCUGGGAUUCGACGAUGGUCAAUUUGGAGAGUUCGCCUAG